AUCGCCGCUAGUUCAUUCAAAGGGUUCUUCUUAGGGCUUUGCGCUCGCCACUCGUGCGGCUUUCCGUGGAUCCGUCCGUGGCGAGAGAUCCAGCGAGUAUUUUGGAGAGGCAGCAGCUCGAUCGAUCGAUUCCCUGCGCGGCGGGGAUUUCUCUCGCGGCGGCAUUGCAAUUGAGUCUGAUCGUCGACCAAAUCGCAGCGCAUGGAGGUAUUCUUUCUUCGGCUAGAGUAGCAAGUCAUCCAGCAUUGCGGAUCAUCGCGAGAAAGAGGAGGAAGAGCUCCGAGAGAGAAGAAAAUAUUUGUCUUCCUUCUUGGAGAAGAGAGGGGGGAAGAAGGGGAGCUAUAUAGAUGCGUAAAGAGGAAGAAGAACAAAAAGAGAGAAGCAGUAGAGGCGCAAAGUCAAUGGGAUCCCAUCAACGCUACAAAAAGAGAGUGGCCUGGGAGAAGAGAAGCUCGUUUUCUCUAGCGUGUUUAAUGCUGCUGGGAAUUCUGGGAGGAGUGGAUUCACAGCAGCAGCCAACGAUCAUCCAGGAACUGGAUCUCGGCAUUCAAUCCUCCGCUUUCCAGAGGCUGGCUCCACUGCCCAAGACAGGGGUCAUCUACAACGUAACUCUCGACGCUUCUGGAUCGAGGAACUCCACUGCUGGAGUGGUGGCCAGCAUCCAGGCAGUGCGUCUCAGAUCAGGGAGCUUGCGGCGCCACGGCCUCGUCUUCAACGAGUUCACCAUCCCAGUCCAGUGCCUGGUGGAGACGACGAGCAAGUACGUGGUGCUCGUCUACCGCGACUUUAGCUCGUAUCCGGCGGCCAUGCCCGAUGGAUUCCAGCUCGUCGGCCCAGUCGUGGGGAUCAAGGCCUACGAAGGCAACGAUCUCUCCCACCCGGCACCUCAAGAGCUCAACAUUUUCUCGGGACCGGCGGCUAUCACAGUUCGAGUUCCAGUUCUUGCCAGGAGCAGCGGCAAGCUCUCCCCGCUCUGCGCAUCUUUCGACAAGGAGGGGACGUUCCGGGUGGCCAACGUGAGCUCUCCGCCAAACUCCUGCGUUCUAUCGCAGCUGGUGGACUCGUCCCUGGCCGUGGCAGCGUCGUCCUUGCCGCCAGCUCCAGCUCCAGCUCCAGCUCCAGCUCCAGCUCCAUCUCCGGAACAAGCCCAAGCUCUUGCUCCGGAUCGAGGCCCAGCGUCGGCUCCGGUGGCUUCGAUCGUCCCGCUGUCGCCACCAACGGGGAGGAACGCGAGGAGAAAGAUGUCAAAGGCGUGGAAGCUCGGGGUGGGGAUUGGUGUCGGGGGUCUCGGCCUGGUGAUGGUGGCGGCCGUGCUGGUUUUCGCCGGGGUGAGGACGAGGAGGAGAGCUCGCAUUGCAAAGAUGGAGCUUUGCGCGGACAACAGCGAAAGCCUCCAAACAGCACUUAUUGGUGGGAGCCGAGCUCCUGCUGCCGGAGGCACUCGCACCAGACCAGUCCUGGAGAACGACUACGUCUCUCCGUAACUCCCAGACUUUCUUUCUCCUACGACACGUUCGCUCGCUCGGCGCUCCCGGUUUGCCUUUUAACUUUUCUAGCCGAGGAAUAACUUCGCUGCAGGCUCUCGUUUUUUUUUUUCUCGAUUCAUUCAUCGCGACUGCUGCUGCUGCGAAUGCUGCUGCUGCUUAUCUUGUGGAUUUUUCUUUUUCUUAGUUUGGUGGUACUACUGGCCAUUCAUAAAGUCCAUCUCUGUGCUGCGACACACACACACACACACAGAGUUUCAUAAAAAGUGGACAUUCUAUUCUUUCUUUUGCAGGAUUGACGCCUUUGGUCAGAUUCUCGACUUUCAUUUUACUAAGGCUGCGCAACGAAGCUAGCAAGCGACACAAGCGAAAAGACUGUGUGUACUUACACCUCUCCACCAAGUACCUUCUAUACUCUCAAGUGACCGAAGAAGCAUCGCCAUCGUUCUCGUGGCAAUGCCAACUAAAAGCUCAGAAGCAGAAGAGAAGAAACGAAAGACGCGGCGCGUAAAAGAAAAAAAACUUCUGCCACUUACCACCAACUUGGUUUUCAAGCUUUUUCUCGCUUGCUCGGAUUUUAAUCCAUCCAGCCAUGCCUUUGGAGCUUUCGUCUGGACAGAAUGCACAGCUCAUCUCAAACUGUUAAAAGUCAUAAUAGUACACAAGCCCGUUCCGCUACACUACA